AUGUGGCCUCCUGGUACCGUGAUACUUGAAGAUCCAACUGCCGCUACCAGAGAAGACAUCAUCUUGCAGCCACGACCGACAGAUGACCCGAACGACCCCUUGAAUUGGCCACAAUGGCGCAAAUACCUGAACAUGGGGCUUGUUUGUUUCUAUGUGGCAAUGGUUGCCGAGUUGAUCAACGCUAGCACUCCAACCUGGGGGCCAAUGCAGAAAGAUUUGGGAUUUAGCUAUGAGAUACUGAAUGAUAGCUAUGCUGCUGGCUGUGCGGCCCUAGGAAUUGGCUCGGUCAUAUUGAUUCCCUUUGCUCUGAAGUUCGGUCGUCGCCCACUCUAUCUCUUCAGUACGAUUGCACAAUUUGCAGUCAGCAUUUGGUCGGCAAAGAUGCAAACCGUGGCGGACCUGAUGCUGGUCAAUAUCUUUCAAUGUCUGUUUGGAAGUCUUGCGGAAGUCAUAGUCCAGAUGACCAUUGCCGAUGUCUUCUUUGUGCACCAGCGCGGAAGGAUGAACGCUUUUUACGUGUGGACUUGGCUUCUCACAAGCUCUAUGGGGGUGUUGGUCGCUGGCUUUGUUGCACAGGGUCAAGGUUGGAGAUGGAUAUGGUGGUGGAAUGUCAUCAUCUUGGGCAUUACGAUCUUGCUUGUCGGAUUUGGCUACGAAGAAACCAAAUAUUGCCCGACUGAACCUGUGCUUACAUCGAAUAUGCAACCAACAACAAAUAACAAUCAUCCGGUACCGUCCGUUAUAUCUGAUGACGCAAAGUUUGCAACUUCGGAUAUAUCUGAGGCGAAAUCGAUGGUAAAAAAGCAACAUCAACCUGGAACGCUGGACACAGACUCGGUUUUAUUUCAAUCUGCAAAUGAGAACUUGCCAGCAAACAUCACCACGGUCACAAUCAACCCCAACAUUCCCAAACGAACAUACUGGCAAAGACUUGCUAUCGUCACCACUUCAACAUCCAGCGAACCCAACGAGUCAUUUUUCCGACACAUGUAUCAGCCUCUCAUCUUGAUGACAACGAUUCCCGCUGUUGCUUAUACAGCCUUGGUGUACGGCAUUUUGGUAGGAUUAGGGGAUGUCAUGUCGACUACCAUGUCCACCUACCUACCUCAAUCACCAUACAACUUUAAUUCAAGUCAGAUAGGGCUUAUGAGCCUGCCAAAAAUGAUCGGCGUCACAAUUGGUGCCCUAAUUUUAGGCCCAAUGAGUGACUGGUGGAUUGUGUAUCUUUCUCGUCGACGCGGUGGAGUUUACGAUCCCGAGACUCGUCUUUGGUGCAUUGUUCCUUUUCUCCCAUUUGUGCCUGUCGGUGCAUUACUCUUCGGUAUUGGCCUUAACAAUGAUGUUUCGUGGCCUGUCAUCGCUGUUGGCCUGGCAUUGUACAAUGUCGGCAUUGCCCCUAUCAAUACCAUCAUGAUAACAUACUUGACCGAUUCAUACCAAGAUAUCAUUGGGGAUGCGGUGGUCGGUGUUACUCUUUCGCGCAAUACUUUCAGUACGGUGUUUAUAUUUGCCCUUUCGCCGUGGAUUGCCAAAAUGGGACUUCAGAAUGUCUUCAUCGUCAUUCUCGUGAUUGUCUGUGCUCUUUUGAUGUUUGUUGGUGUUUUCAUUCGGUAUGGAAAGUCCUUUCGAGAAUUCUCUGCUGCUCGAUAUGAGUACUACGCUGCUCGGCAGUAUCGAGGUAGGGACGCUGAACAAUUCUCCCAUUGA